AAGUGAAAAUGAUGGCGACCGAAGCGGGAGAGAUAAGAGCUCACACAAACCCCUGUCCCAACCCCGACUACAGCCUCAGCCCUCUGUCCAUCAAAAUAACGCGGAAAAACCAGGACAGACGCUGGAGGUUGCGGUGCAUUUAUCUGCAGUGCUACUUCCUGACCAUUGCAACAAUAUUAGGAACUGGAAUCUUGGGUCUUCCAGUCACUAUAGCACAUGCUGGCCUGGUGCCCUUCCUGGUCUCCUUUCUGGUUGGCUUCUUUGUUCAGGCCUUGCUCAUUUAUCUGUUUGUGGAACUUCUCCAAAAAUGUCAAGUGGUUCAGCUGGACUCUCUAAAGACAGGUGUUGCAGAGUGUAUUGUGAUGGAUCAAGUGAGCCCAGAAAAUCCAGUCACACCAGAAGAAGAAGAGGACGAAGAAGCUGAAAAUGCAGAAGCUGAUACUGGUUUACUACAGUCCAUCUCGCCAGCUCUGUGUGACCAAGCUGAGGACCUGCAACCCAACCUUCAUCUGCUUGGCUACCUCUUCCUCUCCCGGCCCAUGAGCCAUGCUUUCAACUGCAUUCUCCUCUUCCAAUUUGUAUCAAUUGGAAUUAGCUAUGUGUUGGCUGGCAGUGAGGCUUUUGCUGCUCUUCUUGGUAUCAGACACUUUUAUAUGAUCCCCGCCUUCACCUGGAUUCUGUCCCUUGCCAUCUUACUUGGCCACACAGUCAUUCAGCCCAUCACCUCGUUGCUCACCCUCCUGAAGGGAAUCCUGCUCAUUGUUACGGUGGUGGUGACAUUUGCAGUGGGCUCUGAGGUGGGCCUGCAGAGCAGCAGUGACUUCAGUCAGAUGGGGAAACCUUUCCUAAUGGGCACCGUAGCUCUAGGUGGGAUUGUGAAUGUGAUGCCUCUGCUUUUCUCUCAGAUCUCACACAACAAAACACAAAUCCUGUGGUUUCGGAGAGCAGUUCUUGGAGGUCUGACAACCUGCAUGGUUCUGAACGUUCUCUGGUGCUGGGCGGUGCUAGAGAUCGUCCCACAGACGUCGUCACCACAGAGAAGGAUGGCCACUGACACAACAACCCCACCCACCUCCAGCAGCCCCCCUUCUCCUCUGUCUGCAGUGCCCCCCCUGCUGAUCUCCAACGUCUCAUUGGAGGAGUCUGAAAAGGCUGGAGAGAUCGCUACCAUUCCAUUGACAAAGAUCAUUAAUGAGCGUUACAGGGCCUACUCCUGGGUGGCCCAGCUGAUCCAGGUGUUCAUCGCCAUCAGCAUCACCGUGUCCUUCCUGGUGAUGGGAUCUGCCAUGAAGCAUACCAUGGAUGGUCUGGUGAGCUCUGUGUGGAGCAGCCGGCUGCAGUGGCUGGCCAAAGCCUGGGAGAGAAACUCAUCAAGCAAACACCAGCGCUGCUCCGCCAGGAGCUUCACCCAACUUGGAUUUUCCCUGCUUGGAUUUGGGAUCAUUUUCAUUGUGUCAAUGUGUGACCCCAGGGGUUUUGUUGUCAUGUUGGACAAAGUUGUCUCAUUUUCCCUCAACACUGAAGUGGGCCUGUUUGUGUUCAUCAUGCUGAGGGAGUCCAGAGAAGAGCGAUUCCAACACCUGGCCGUCCCUUUGCCAGUGGGGGAGUGUGUGUUCAGCCUCACCUGGCUGCUGCCCACAUACUUCCUGUUUGCAGUAACCUAUGACGUCCUGCAGACAUUGGCAGACAUGACCCAUUACCUGCCUUACUACGGCCCUGAGCCGGAGCUGCACGUCUACAACGUGACAGGAAGCGUCACAGCAGCAAACCUGUCCUCCUUCCUCUGAGCGCGCCGACGUCAACAUGCCACCGAGAUGCAGCGGAGCAAGUGCUUUCUUCUUCUUGUCACCAUUUUUAAGGAACAGUUUAGCAUUUUGAAGAAAUAUUUCAUUGUCAUUGCACUGCACUUUCAUUCAAUCUGCUUCUGUAUUUAUCAUGGCCUAAAACAGCAUCAGUGGUGUUUCCCCUUCUCCUCCCCACCAGAGCCUCAUGGACAAAGACUGGUGUGGAUUUUCUGCUCAAUCAGAGAAACAAAGACGAGAGAACUGGCUCCAAAAAACUUCUGAGUUUCAAAAGUUAAAAAAUGUUCCAUUUUUGAAUCUCAGAAAAAUUUUCAAAUGUUAAAAGUUUUAGACUUUUGAAACUCAACAUUUGACUUUUGGAAUGUUUGCCUUGAACAUUUCUGAGAUUGAUCUCAACAUUUGAGUUUUUUCUCACAAAUUUCAACCUUUUUUUUCUAGAAAAUCUCAAAGAAUAUUCUCAUUUCUGAGUUUUUUUUUUUUUUUUUACUUCUUUGUACUAGUCAGAUGUAGGAAGCUGUGCGAACACAUGAAUUCAUAAAGAUUUCUUCUAUAAAUCCUGAUUCAUAAGGAACUAAAAGCACAACACCGAAUGAUUAAAUAUGUAAAUGCAUGUAAGUAGACACCUGUCAGCCAACGGUUAUGUAGAUGCAGGAAGCAAAGGAACUUUAAGGAAUUGGAGUCUCAGACAUUUCUAGAUGAGUUUGAGACAUGAAAACGAAAGUUGCAGGAGACCGGCCCUCCAGUCUCCGACUGCUGAGCACUUCAUGCGUUAUAUGGACCGGUUGUUUCCUGACAGCAGUUGAUUCAGAGGACACAAUGCCAGCUAAGCAUGAAAAUACUAUUUGACAUUUGUCUUUGUAGGGAUUCUGUGACGAAUUAGAGAAAUAAUUCAUCAUUUUUAUAAACUUUCCUCUUGGACUUGGAUUCCAAACCGUGAGAGUGAAGUGAAAUGUCAAAGUUUCAGUCUGGAUGAAACACACACACACACACACACACACCCACACACACACCACACCACACACACACACACACACACACACACACACACACACACACAGAGAGCUCUGUCUGUUUGACCCGGCCUGGAGGAGAACAUGUGAACAAGAGGACGCAUUUUCUGUCACACGAUUCCGUCAACGAGAGCCGGUUUCCACACUGGAUGAAUGUUUUCACACAGAGCUCUGUGUGAUGUACUGUGUGAUUGGUCAGACGUUUAUGGCUGUGAUUUAUCCAGAAAUGCCAUAACAUCACUGUUUGUGAAUGUCGCUUGUGCACCAGAAACACAAAACCAAGCUUCCUGCUCUGGGUUCUGGUACACAAAAUAACAAAAAUGUGAUGAAUUGUGCUGAAAUUUUUAACACAUUAAAAUACAUAAAAUCUAUCUAUCUAUCUAUAUGGAUGGAUGGAUGGAUGGAUGGAUGGAUGGAUGGAUGGAUGGAUGGAUGGAUGGAUGGAUGGAUGGAUGGAUGGAUGGAUGGAUGGAUGGAUGGAUGGAUGGAUGGAUGGAUGGAUGGAUGGAUGAUGGUGGUGAGUUUGUGGUGAACGUCGUCAUGUUGUUUGUGUGUUGUUCCUCUGGAUGAAUCGUUUGGCUGGAAUGACACUGAGUCAUUCAGUCUUUGUAAAUGAGGCAACAGUCAAACUGGUAAAGUCCAGUUUGACCUUUUGGAGCCGGGUUCCUCCUCUCCUCACUUGCUGCCAAACAUUGAAGAAUCCACCUUCAUGCAUGUUUCACUGAUAUUUGCCAAGAUAAGGAAACAGAGUCAUUCAGAAGACAUUAUGUAACAUUGUAAAAUUAUCUCUUUUUUUAUAUUACAUAAUGUUAUUCCCUCAUCAAAUACAUACCUGUAGUCUUGCUUUGAUUCUUUCAUGCCUGUUCGAGAAAUCCUUAGAUCUCCAUGGCAACCAUUUGGGGGUGCCUGGAUGCUCAUUGUGACAAAGUGCUUCCUGUUUCACAAAGCUCCUCCUCUGAGGUUCAGUCUCCAGCUGAGCUUUCCCUUCCCCCACUCAGCUCCUUCAGACUAGCAGCAGCACCAGGCCACUGGUGGAACUGGGUAUCUUCUGAACUUCCAAUAACUGAUGUAAAUGGCAUAAUGGAAGAGUAUUGUUACAGGUGGAGUGUGUCAGAGCAGUUUGGCCACCUAUUAUUCUCUCCUGAACGUUGGGAUCAGAAUCUGCUGAUGGAAGGACGAUCAGUUCAACAGUGCAGAAAAGGCUGGAAUGAGUUCAGUCCUGGUAGGACCGAGAAAACCCAGAAAAUCACUGAAACUGAAGGAAAACUCAUUAAUAUGGACUGAAGAUGAACCACCAUCAUCAGCUUCAAGGUGAACUAAGUUCUGCGAUGAGUUCAGGUACAUCUAAAAAAUGUCAAUAUUGGAUAAAAGUGUAACAUUUCUUUCCAGUCACCUCAGAAACUUUUGAAAUAGAAAACAAUAAAAACUUAAUGAAUCUCAACAAAAAGUGUCACUUUCUGAGACGACUGACAAGAAAUAUUACACUUUUACGCAGUUUUUUUAAGCUACACUAUUAUAAUUACAAAUUGAGACAAACGCUCCACACAGUCACAUUGCUGAAGACUAAAGGUCACAGUUUGCCAAAGAACAAGGUGACCUUGGAUUUUUGGGUGUUUUUGAGUGGAACAUUCUGAUGAAUGGUGGCGCUGGUUUCAUGUGGUGGUGAUGUUUUAUAAUCACGCUGGGAUCAAUAAAAUGUUUUUAAAAACUGAA